AUGUCAAUUUCAUGGGAAGUUCUAAUCCCUAUAGCAUAUAAUGCAGCACAAGGUAGACCAGCCGAUUGGAGACCAAACCAACCAACUCAACCAACCCAACCAACCUACCAACCACAAGUCCAACAACCAACUUACCAACCACAAGUUCAACAACAAGUUACUUAUAAUCAAUUUGGUCAACCAGUUUAUGGACAACAACCAAAUUAUAAUCAACAAGCAUGGGGCUCAUCUACCGGUGCUACACCAUCAAUUACUCAACAUUCAUACCCAAGUACAACACCAACACAAGCUGAACUUGACUCUCAAUCAGCUGCAAGUGGUGCCGCAAUAGUUAGUGGUCAAUUAAAUUUUGAUAAUUCAUAUGGUGAAGUAAAAACUGAUAUGAGAUUCAUAGUUACUUCACAUUCUAAUCCAUAUGAUUGCGCCAUUACUUUUAUGGUACCAUAUGAUGAAGAGCCAAAGGAAUUAUCAUAUUUAGUUUAUAAUAAUGAUAGAUCUAGGGUUUAUACUUCAAGUGUACAAGUUGGAACCAUUCGUAGUAGAAACAUAUUCCAUGGUAAAGAUUCUCAAGAUGCAAAGGUUAAAUGGGAAAUGAUUACAAUUCCACAAUCAAUUAACCAACAAUUUUCACCAUACACCUUGGACACAAAAAUUGAAAUCAAUUUAAAAAGAAUUCCAACUGGUUCAAUGAUUUUAGGUAAUAUUGUUUCAUACCCUGGUCCAACUGCUGUUAUUGGUAGAAUGUUAAAUAUUUCAUUUAAUCAACUUAAAGGAAAAAAUCUUAUUAUCCAAUGGAGUUCUCAAAAUAAAUAUUUUUUCAAUGGUGGUAAUUAUACAAGUACUUCAUCAUUAUUACCACAAGGUGGUUUUGAAAACGCAGGAUUUUAA